AUGGCAUCGACUCCAUCGAGUUCCACUCCACAAAGGUCACGACCGGCAACUGACAGUAGUGCAACAACUACAGCUACUGUUAAUGAAGAAGAUAUAGAAGCAACUGAUGUUAACCCUUUUGUAAGGAAAAAGAGAGCUAAGACAUCUGUAGUGUGGAAGGAUUUUACAGAAAUUAAUGUUUCUAGUGGACCGAAGGCUGAAUGCAUUCAUUGCAAAAAGAGGCUUGCCAUGACGAGCACCAGGAGCACUACUCACCUUUCAAGGAACUUGAAGACUUGUGUACGGCGAAAGCUCUUUGAGAAGCAACAACAAAGGUUUUUCGAAGCAACAAAUCCAUCUGAUGCAGGUAAUGUUAUCCUGUUCUUACCGGAGAGGUAUGCGAUCCCAGAGUGGGAAAAGAUUUGUCGUAGGAUGUGUAAAAAUGAUGUUGUUACUUUGUUUGAAAGGGAGAAGAUAAAGCUGAAGAAUUUGUUGAAGGAUGUUGACAGAAUAAGCUUAACGACCGAUUUAUGGAAGUCAAGUAAUCAAAGGAUUGAGUAUAUGGUAUUGACGGGGCAUUUCGUAGAUGGUAAUUGGAGGUUACAGAAAUGGAUUCUAAACUUCUUACACAUAGCUCCUCCACGCACUAAUUCCCAAAUUGCAGAUUUAAUUUAUAAGUGUCUGAACGAAUGGGGUAUAAAGAACAAGGUGUACACGAUAUCAGUGGAUAAUGUAUCAAGUAAUGAUGCAACAAUCCAGAUUUUAAAGAGGAAUUUGGCAAUUGACAAUAGGUUGCUUUGUAGAGAGAGAUUAUUCCAUGUUAGGUGUUGCGCACACAUCUUGAACCUUAUUGUUCAAGAUGGGCUGUCCAAAAUAAGGUCCAUUAUUGAUGAUCUUCGUGAUAGUGUGGCCUAUGUGAAACAUAUAGAGAGCAGGCUUAUUGUUUUUUCAGAAAUAGUGCAAAUUUUGCGUUUGCCCAAUCAGAAGUUGAUCCUAGACUGCAAGACAAGGUGGAAUUUCACUUUUGAGAUGUUGUCAAUUGCAGUGACGUUUAAAAAUAUCUUUCAAAGGUAUAAAGAGAAAGACCCACAUUAUAAUUGUUGUCCUAGUGUAGAGGAAUGGGUAAAGGUGGAGCAAGUUUGUGAAGUGUUGGGUGUGUUUAGUACCAUUACUAAUGUAAUUUCUAGGAGUGAAUACCCGACUGCAAAUAUGUAUCUCAGUGAGAUUUUUCGAGUUAAGGUUAUGCUAGAUUAA